AACAACAGGGGCCCGUUUCAUAAAACUUUUGACUUGCAACUGUAACAUCUCCCAUUUCUAUGGCAAAUCUUGUUAUUGCAAUGGCAACUUGUCAUAGUUGCAAAUAUCCGUUUCAUAAAACCAGUAACAAAUUGUUAUCGUAAAUAAAAAUAAAUGAAUGAAAAAUAGUUCGUGAACGAGCCUGAUAUAUGCAGCUUAUACUAUAUAUACGGUACAGCCGGUUUUUUAUCUUCACACACGUCGUCUGCGAUAAAAUUUUGAUGGUGACAGAAUGUACGUAAAAUUUGAAUCGGAGAUGGAGACCAGCAGCGUGGUAGCACGAGCAAAUGUUGGUUGUGAUGAGGCGUAUACCACCUUCACCAAUGCUUCAAUUGCAGGCACCACCACCACUGAUGGCCCACCACUGCUGCCACCACCAAGUCUGCUUUUGCCAUUGCCACCGCCACUACCAAGACCACUCCUGACACAAGCCGCAAGUCCUCAACUGACCAGCUAUUGCAGCUGGAGAAGGAUAGACCCGCAACUUCAAAGCCAGGGCUUGCUGGUCUCCUACAAUAAGAAAAAUGCCAAGGGCCCAUCUAAUGAACUUGUAGCAGAAUAUUUGGCCACAGUUGUAGAAAUGCAGAGACUAACAUACUGCCACAGGUGAGGCUUUGUCCACAUUUCCAGAAAGACACAAGAUAGUAUCAGAAAGCCAUGCCAAAUUCAACGACUGAAGGGUUUGGAGAGCCAGACAAAGAGCCUAGAAAUGUGAUUUCACCCGUACUUCAAUCACAUGAACAGCAGCAGGAGCAAAAACAGCAGCAACAGGAGAUGUAACGACUGACCAACAGCAACAACAACAGCAGCAUCAACAAUUUCUGCAGGAGAUGCAAAAACCACUCCGGCAACCUCAACAACGACCACUCCGGGAACGUUAACAGCAACCACAACUUCAGCAAGCGUUUCAACAAACACAUCAGCAAAAACCAACAGCAGCAGCAACAACAGCACUUAUGAAAUGAAUUUAAUUGAAACUCAAAAGCCAAUGAGGAAACAUCUUUUACAAAAUGAGACAUCAUUUAUUCAUUCUUUUACAGGAUAAAGAAAAGCUUUUUUGAAAGUGUAGAUUUGCAGGAACACAAUGUAUGUUCCCUAUGUAUCUAUUUAUUGAAAUAAAUUUGACUUUAAAAAGAAUGAUUGAUGAUUCAAUAAAUAUCUACUUUUUAUUUGUCAAUGAGUAAAAAUACAUGUAUUUUUUAUUUAGAAUGACAAAAAGCAAUUUAUCAAAUCAAAAUCAUCAAAAAAUUGACCAAUAUGGCUCUUAGGCCCUCAAAAUAGUUGGUAUUUUGAUGAAAAAGCUGUUUCUGCGGCAAUAUUUGACACAGCUCAAAUAGCUGCGUCAAAUUUGCCGCAGAAAUUGUCAUUUGCCGCAGCUCCUUGAGCUGCGUCAAAUAUUGCCGCUGAAAUUGUCAUUUGCCGCAGAAAGUAUCUGCGGCAAAGUUUUAUGAAAUGGAAACUUGCCGCUGUUUUGAGAUUUGCCGCAGAAACACAGAUUUGCCGCAGAAAAUGGGAGUUGCCGCUGCGGCAAAUGUUUUAUGAAACGGGCCCCUGGACUUCUACUCAUGCUGUAUUCUCCUUCGUUUUGUACUUUUGUUUUUACUCUUGUCUUAUCAUUAUUAUUACUGCUUACUAAAUUAACUUUUGCUGUUGUCCGAAUUCUAGGUUUUUCAUCUCCUUCGGGAUCUCCUUGUAGUUGUACAUACAAACGCCACUGCAAAAGCAUGUUCGGAUUUACUUCAUGACUGCUCUCUGUACAAGUGCCGUGGCCGUGUAGCCACUGCUCUGUGCUGGAGUUUGGUGGCUGGACUGUGUUGCAUGCGGUGGUGAUGUGUAUAGACUCUUCCCUAGUCGCUUUGUAGCUAUUUUUGCGAAGAUUGCCUUCGCCAGGGUGUAAAACGGAAACGCGCCGCCGGAAAAAAGGAGCAAAAUACGGGACAAUCCCGGGUAAUACGGGACGUCUGGUCACCCUGAACAAGUUACAACAAUGAUAAUAAUAAUAUAAUAUCGCAGUUCUUGUCUGGCGCACCGGAUACAUUCGUAAUUCCGAAGCUUCGUUAUUCCGAAGGUUCGCUAUUCCGAAGGUUCGUAUUUCCGAAGGUUCGUAAUUCCGAAGGUUCGUUAGUCCGAAAACGAAAUGAGGUUCGUAAUUCCGAAGGUUCGUUAGUCCGAAAACGAAGUGAGGUUCGUCACUCCGAAGGUUCGUUAAUCCGAAAAAUAAAUGAGGUUCGUAAUUCCAAAGGUUCGUUAGUCCGAAAACUAAAUGAUUAACUAACCUUAUUUCGUUUUCGGACUAACGAACCUUCGGAACAAAGAACCUUAUUUCGUUUUCGGAUUAACGAACCUUCGGAACAUCGAACCUUACUUCGUUUUCGGAUUAUCGAACCUUCGGAAUAAAGCCACAAAUGUUCGGAUUAACGAACCCUUUUACGUUUUCGGAUUAACGAACAUCGAGGUAUAGGCAAUUUACGUGUUUCGGAAUUACGAACCUACCGAAUAAAGAACCUUCGGAAUUACGAAGUGCAACCCUGGCGCUCAUCACGUAGUGCCCCUAUGCCCUUCUAAAAGAUUUGAAUAUUAUCAUCCCGUCUUUAUGACUGACCAACAACAAAAAAAUGAUAGUAAUGGAAAUAACUAUGAUGAUAAUAAGAGUGAUGACAAAAAUGAUCACGACAUUUUCAUUUCAGUAAUGAAAAUUAUAAUGGAUGACUACAUUGGUAGUGAUAAUACAUUACCGGAGGAGAUAGGUUGAGUGUAGAUAGGGUUCAUUCAUGCCAUGACCCGAUAAUGGCGAGUUAUCGCACCGCCACGCAGAGCUCUUUCAAGAACAUGGACAAUAUAUGGUUGAAUGCCAUUCAUAACGAUGAACAACCAAGAAGACUUUGUCGAAAAAAUGGUGGAUCAAAGCAGCAGUUUCGUCUAGGAGUCUGAACAAUGGACAUAUUUGAAAUGUUUGUCUGCUCCAUAACUUAGGACCAAUUAACUGCUAAUCCGGUUCACCGAUUCUCGACAAAGACCUCCUAGCUGUUCAUUGUCAUUUGACGGACAUUUUCAAUACUUUUACUGUGUUCUGUAAUUCGUUUCUAAGUGGCGGUGCGGAAAAAGUCGCUAGAUUCAGAUUCAGAUUUAUUUCCAACAGAAAUGACCUAAAUCUUAAUAUAAACCAUUUUCACGCAUUUAUAUAAAAAAAAAUACGAUACAAAUCAUUGUCAUUAUAAUCAUAUU